AUCGUGAACAGCCAUGAAAAGGUAUGGAUCCGGCAGAUGCCUCGCACAUCAAGACAACGAUGCACGACGCUGCGAUAGCCCAGUUCUCCGAGAUCGAAUGGGCAGCUGCCUUGAUCAACGACCCUCAAUGGACCCCGACGCAAACCGCAUCGCGACGCGUAAAGUCUACUCGCGAAGACUCGUUCAUCGCUGAGACACUUGACACCGAGCGCACGAUACGAAGCUGCUUGACGUUGAAACCAACCAAAGAGGAUGAGGGCGAUCUGGCAUACAAGGAGAUUGUAACCUUGAUGGACUUGGGUGAUGGGUUGAAUGGACAUCCUAAGAUCUUGCAUGGUGGUUUUGCCGCUACCAUGUUAGAUGAAGUGUGCGGGAUACUAAUCGGGUUAACCCAGGAGAUCAAGGUGCGGCGAUUGAGGGAGCGCGGCAUGCUGAAUGCAAACACAUCGUUGACUUGCUUUACUGCUUAUCUAAACACAAGUUACAAAAAGCCGAUUCCUGCUCCUGGUCCCGUCCUGUGUAGGGCACGAUUUGAACGAAUUGAUGGCAGGAAGCAGUAUAUUCGCGCAACCAUCGAGGAUGGGGCCGGAACUGUGUACACCGUGGGAGAUGCCAUGUUCGUGGAGGUCAAAGCAAAGCUUUAAGAAGUUAUUGGCACAUGCAAAAGGCUCAUUCAAAUUAAAUGAAUCCAGCAAGGUAAAGGGACCACAAGUAAUCACAGACUGUGAAGAUCUAGACCAGCGAGCACUAUAUUCGCAUCGAGACAAAGACAUCUUGCAUAGUUGGCUCCGCUUCACAAGCUAAAAAUAUGAGGCGAUUGUGUUAGACACAUGGGCUUAGACAUGGCUUGACGAGUAGAAGCAAGAAGCAUAUACUCAUGUAGAACAAUUAAAUGACACCAACCUAUAGUCGCGUCC